GAAAUAUAGAUGAAACACCAGUAUUUUUUGAUAUGGUAGGAAAUACUACUAUUGAAGUAAAAGGAUCAAAAACGGUUAAAAUUCAAAUUACAGGAAAUGAUAAAAAUCGUGGGUUAUUAAAGAAAAAAUCAUUAUUGAUUUUGAAUUCUUUUGAAGUAUAUAAAACUCCACAAGUAAAAUUUGCAUUUAAAGAUGAAAAUAGUAAUUUAGCUUGUCAAUGGAUGGCAGUUGGAAAUUUUGAUUUAACCAAAGGUGAUAACAUUAAAAAACCUGGUUAUAAUGUUAUUUAUCAUAUGAUAUAUGAAUCUGAUGGUGAGAAUAAUUAUAAAGCAAAUUAUGAUCGUGAAGUAAUUUUAAAAGAUGAUAUAUCAGCAUAUGAUUCAGAUAUUGAAGAUAAUGAAAAUAAUAUAUUAAGUGAUUAA